ACUGAGCCACUACCUUGGUCCCAGAGACCAAGAUCUACCUGAACAAUGGAGAGGGGGGAGAUGAGGACACUGAGCCACUACCUGCUGGUCCCAGAGACCAAGAUCUACCUGAACAAAGAGAGAGGGGGGGAGAUGAGGACACUGAGCCACUACCUGCUGGUCCCAGAGACCAAGAUAGCAGCUCUUUAGGAUCGGAGGCCAACCCGACAACCAGUGCUACUCAAAGAAUGGAAGAAGUCUUUGAAACAGUGAGUGUUAUGAGGCCCUGUUACAAUGCAUUACAAAGAACAGAUCUCUGCAACAACAUUUGCAGAUUUUCGAAUAGCUUCAAUAACUGUUGGAUGAAUGCAACAUUGCAAGCUGCCCUACACCUUAACGUUGUUCGGAACACAUUAACACACCAACGCCCAGAGUCUUUGAUACUAUUAUCAUCAACACCAACAUUUGCAGGACUGUUUCUAGAAGCCCUCCGUAACCCAGGGAGAAGUUUCAGUCCAACAGAACUCUAUGGGGCUCUGACAGAAUUAAGUGAGAAAGUACCCUCAUUAUGUUUAUUACAGCGAAAUGAUCCUCUUAAAUUAUUGAAACAUUUAUGGGUCUGGUUAAAUAGGUGUGGGAUAAAAACACUUACUGAAGUACAAGGAAGAGGCUGGUGUGACAACUGUGGAACUUCCUGGGGCACAUCAAGUAACAUUUAUUUUUUACCACUACCCAGACGAGGCAAUAGCUUCUCUCUUUUCCAACAAGCUGUCAAACAGAACACAGGACCAUGUGAGACUUGUGGGGACAUAGUACAGAAACAAAAAGUUUGGAAUGACCCAGACAUUGUAACCCUUUUUCUGUCUCAAGGAGCCCGUACAGGAUCGGUACUUGGAAAAUCUGUGACUCCAUUACAAGUUAUAGAAUUUCCUGUGGGAGAAAACCAAACCCAGUUAUACUCCCUGUCCUCUGUCAUUUGUCACAGCGGCAAUGAACCCCCCACAGGGCACAUUUGGUCAUAUUUGUGUUCUGACUUUAUUACC